AUGGUGGGCAUGUAUAUAUUGGCCCUGAAUAAAAAGAAAUCAGAGAAACGGAAAGAAAUUGGAACAGAUCAACAAGCGACGCAAGAAGACGUUCCCGUCGCUGUCCCCACAGAUGCUCCAAGCAAAUUGCCCACCACAGCUUCUCCCACCGCAUUGGCCUCCAAUGCACCCACUAAAAAUCCGACCACCGCGCCAAGUGACGCCCCGAGCGUAUUGCCCUCCAAUGCACCAAGCGAAGCUCCGUCCACUGAGCCAAGUGAAUCUCCUAGCGCGUUACCAACCAAUCUGCCGAGUGAAUCUCCUAGUGCACUGCCCACCAUUGCAUCAAGUGAAGCUCCGUCCAGUAGUUCAAUGCCCUCCCCUGCGCCAAGUAAUGCUCCGAGCAAAUUUCCCUCCAAUGCACCAAGUGAGGCUCCGACUGCAUCACCCACCGUUAGUCUUGUGCCCACAACAACACCAAGCGCAGCUCCGACUGCAUCGCCCACCGCUGCUCCUCUCCGAGUGGCCUGUGCGGGGGAUAGCUUGACGCUGGGAAGAAGCGGAAAUAGUGGUGCUUCCUACCCUCAACAACUUCAGGGAUUGUUGGGCAGCGGCUUUGGAGUCCGCAAUUAUGGAAGAAAUGCGGCUAAUGCCAUGGACGGUUUUGGUGUACCUUAUAUUGGUACCCCUAACUUUGCAUUCUCCAUGGACUUGAAUCCCGAUAUCUAUUUGCUCAUGCUGGGAACAAAUGAUAUGAAAUAUUGGAGGGAAGCCAGUCACAGAUAUGCUGCGGGCAUGAAUCAGAUAAUGAAACAAGUCAGAGCAGCUUCACCAGGAGUCCGAAUCAUAUUGGCAAUACCACCAUGGGUCAAGCCAAACGAUUUUGGCAUCUCCAAUGACAUUUUGGUGAACAAUAUUCAACCAAGAAUACGAGAGAUUGCCUCGGCCAAUCAGGUAGAAUUGGUGAACAUGUAUAUGGCGACUAUCAAUCAACAUGACAUGUACAGUUUCGACAACUUGCACCUCAAUGAAAAAGGUUAUGCAGCGCUUGCUCAAGUUUGGCAGAGGCAGAUCUUGUGCAACAAUAAUGGUUUUUGUGAUAUUGGGGAGAGCUGUGAAACAUGUCGUCAAGACUGCCUUGAGCAAUGUACACCAGUUUAG